UCGUCGUCACCAACCUCUCCACGUAGUGUCGUUGAGUCGAGUGGUAGUAGUUAAUCUUCAGAAACCCCCAGAGAAUUAUAAAUAGUACUACCUACUACUAUAUGGGAAACGGUUGAACAAACCUAAACUCACAGCCCGAAUCAAAUCCCCCAAUUCUUGUUUCGAUCGCUCGAGCUCCAAACACACAGCUAUGGCGAUUGAUCCUGAGCAGCAACCAAUCUCCUCUGUUUCCAGAGAGGUUGGUAAGUCAUCUGGUGAGAUCAGCUCAGAAAGGGAGCCUCUUAUUAAAGAGAAUCAUGUCCCAGAAAACUACUCUGUGGUUGCAGCCAUUCUCCCGUUUUUCUUUCCAGCUCUCGGAGGACUGCUUUAUGGUUAUGAAAUUGGUGCAACUUCUUGUGCAACCAUUUCACUUCAGUCGCCUUCAUUAAGUGGAGUUUCAUGGUACAACUUGUCCUCAGUGGAUGUUGGUCUAGUUACCAGUGGCUCACUUUACGGUGCAUUAUUUGGCUCAAUUGUGGCUUUUACUAUUGCUGACGUUAUAGGAAGAAGAAAAGAGCUGAUCUUGGCUGCACUAUUGUUUCUCAUUGGAGCCCUUGUGACUGCACUAGCACCAAUCUAUUCCGUUCUGAUAAUUGGACGGGUUACUUAUGGGGUCUCAGUUGGACUGGCAAUGCAUGCGGCUCCGAUGUACAUUGCAGAGACUGCUCCAAGUGAGAUUCGUGGACAACUGGUAUCACUAAAGGAAUUCUUCAUAGUCCUUGGGAUGGUUGGAGGUUAUGGAAUCGGUAGUCUUACAGUCAACAUUCUCUCUGGUUGGCGUUACAUGUAUGCAACAAGUGUCCCUUUGGCUGUUAUUAUGGGAAUUGGGAUGUGGUGGCUCCCAGCAUCCCCUAGGUGGCUUUUGUUGCGCGUCAUACAGGGGAAAGGGAAUGUGGAGAACCAAAGAGAGGCUGCAAUCAAAUCUCUUUGCCGCCUUAGAGGUCCUGCUUUUGUUGAUUCAGCUGCUGAACAAGUGAGCGAGAUUUUAGCUGAACUUUCUGUUGUGGGCGAGGAUAAAGAAGUCACAUUUGGUGAACUAUUUCAAGGGAAGUGCUUGAAAGCUCUCAUCAUAGGAGGAGGUCUAGUCUUGUUUCAACAGAUAACUGGGCAACCAAGUGUGCUUUAUUAUGCACCUUCAAUACUGCAGACCGCUGGAUUUUCUGCCGCAGGUGAUGCAACAAGGGUCUCAAUUCUGCUUGGUCUAUUGAAGUUGAUUAUGACAGGAGUAGCUGUUGUAGUUAUUGACAGACUUGGAAGGAGACCAUUACUUCUUGGUGGUGUUGGCGGCAUGGUUGUCUCAUUAUUCCUGUUGGGGUCAUACUACCUCUUUUUCAGCGCCUCACCAGUUGUUGCUGUUGUUGCACUGUUGCUUUAUGUGGGCUGUUACCAGCUAUCCUUUGGUCCAAUUGGUUGGCUGAUAAUCUCGGAGAUAUUUCCCCUUAAGUUAAGAGGUCGAGGUCUCAGUCUAGCAGUGCUUGUGAAUUUCGGUGCAAACGCACUUGUGACAUUUGCUUUUUCACCCCUAAAGGAACUGUUGGGAGCUGGGAUACUGUUCUGUGCGUUUGGUGUGAUAUGUGUUUUAUCUCUAUUCUUCAUAUUCUUCAUUGUGCCAGAGACAAAAGGUCUCACUCUUGAGGAAAUUGAAGCCAAAUGUCUCUAAAAAGAAUCAUCAGUGCGUGCAGGUUCAGAAAUAAACAUAUGUCUCCAAGUGUCUAGUGAAUCACAAAUCUGCUGCACAAGAUACACAUCAUUAGGUUUUUGAAGCAUUGGUUACUUCAGAGGCUCUAAUGCUCGAGCAAAAUUCACAUGUACGAAAGAAUUAAUAUUUUCAAAUAUCGUUGUAGUAAUUGUAAAAGAUAAAAAGGAAAAACAUCAUAAAAGAUAAAUAAAAUUUGUAAAAUGAUUCCCCCAGAGGUUCUACCUGCUG